AUGGUGGCGGCGGCGGCGGCGGCGGCGGCGGAGGAGACGCGGAGCGACCCGGAACCUCGGCCUCGGUUCAAGCGGCGCACGGUAACAACGGAGGGCGGCGUGGGGACGACGACGGCAGCAGCUGACCGAGCUACUGGCGGGCGUGCUACGUGGCCGGCCUGGUCGCAUCCGCCCUCACCGUCUUCCUCAUCGUCUUCUACUGGGACGAGGUUGGCACCGUGCAGCUGUCUCUCCGCACCAGCCUCUUGGGCCACCACGCAUCGCUGCCACCGCCUCCGCCAAACAAUUCCGGCGACAGGAGGAAGCCGGCGAGAUGGCACUCUGCCGACAUCCAGCGUUUGCUCGGCGAGCUCAGGCUGUCCUCGGGCACGGCCGAGCGACGCCUGCAGGAGCAGCCGGCGCCGCCGCCCCCCGCGAAGACGGCGGUGGCGGCGGCGGAGGAACAGCGGAGGGCGGCCGCGGCCGCGGCUGCUGAGCCAGGCCAACAUCGAGGAGUGGGAGAGGGGCUACGAGAAAGAGGCGACGGCGGAGCCGGAGGCGGUGGACGACGACCGCCUGGCGCGAGAGCAGGCGCGUCGGCGCGCCCGGGUGCGCCACGCCUGCGACAGCCCCGACCUCAUCUUUCAGGGCAAGAACCGGACUUUUGACGAGAUUCCGAACCGCGAGCUCAAGCACCUGAUCGUGGACGACCGGCACGGCACCGUGUACUGCUACGUGCCCAAGGUGGCGUGCACCAACUGGAAGAGGAUCAUGAUCGUGCUGAGCGGCAGCGCGAGCAACAACGGCACGCCGUACGCCGACCCCAUGGACAUCCCGCCCGACGUGGUGCACCUCUCCUCCAGCCACCAGGUGUUCAACCAGUUCUGGAGGAAGUACGGCAAGUCGGGCAGGAGCCGCAUGAAGGGGAAGCUGCAGCGCUACAAGAAGUUCCUGUUCGUGCGCGACCCGUUCGUGCGGAUCAUCUCGGCCUUCCGCAGCAAGUUCGAGAUCCCGAACCAGGACUUCUACAAGGCGUUCGUGGUGCCCAUGCUGCGCCAAUACCAGAACGUGUCGGCGCCGCCGGCCACGGCCGAGGAGGCGCUGAGCGGCGGCCAGCGCCUCAAGUUCUCGAGCUUCGUGCAGUACCUGCUGGACCCGGCGACGGAGCGCGAAGCGCCCUUCAACGAGCACUGGCGGCAGGUGUACCGCCUGUGCCACCCGUGCCAGGUGCCGUACGACUUCGUGGGCCGGCUGGAGACGCAGAGCGAGGACGCGCCGUACCUGCUGCGGCUGCUGCAUGCGCAGGACGAGCUGCGCUUCCCGCCGGGGUUUCUGAACCGUACGGACGACCGCUGGGAGGACCGCUGGUUCGCGGGAAUCCCCCUCGACUGGAGGCAGCGGCUUUACAAACUCUACGAGCCGGACUUUGUGCUCUUUGGGUACCCCUACCCUCGGCAGCUCCUGCACGGCUGAGAAAAUAAAUUCCUACGCCCCCCCCACUCCCCCCUCCAACACCCCUAACCAGGGAAAAACAAGGGUCUGUCACUUUAGUAUUUUAUUUUAAAUGUACUUGUUUUCAAUUUAAAGCAUUUCAUUUUAUGCUUGAAUUUCCGUGCGUGGCGUCGGGCCUCGGGUUUGAGUAAUCGUGGGAGAUCUUCCGUACGCCGUUGCUCGUGUAAUCCGGGGUGCUUGGUUGAAUGCGACGAAAAUUAAGGUCAACUCUGGGAAGAAUGCCGACUUCAUUGUGCUUCCAAAUAAAUGAAUAGUGUUGAUGAAUCCGGGGCUCCAGUUGCAUUUCUUGCGCAGCUGGCCAAAACCUCAUGUCCCCCCCC